AUGAUCAGGUCUGCGGACAACAUCAACAUUGGGAGUAGUAACCACCAUAAAGAAGGAUGGAACCGAACUGCAAAGGGAGCUGGAAAGCUUAGAGCUGUGGAUGAAAGGAGAGUCGGUCCUAAUAAAACUGGAAUCAAGAUGACGACAGCUGCACCACUGGGAAAUAAUACCCUGUCUCCAACAAAUGUGACCACAAAGUCUCAAGAAGAAAUUCUUUAUCAGAGUUCUGGAGCAAUCGUAGCUGCCAUUGUAGUUGGACUGAUUAUUAUAUUCACAGUGGUUCUGCUCAUGUUGAAAACGUAUAACAGACACAUGAGGGCAAAACGAGAGCUGGAACCCACAAGCACCAAAGCCAAGACCCCACCUACUUUCGGUCAGAACAGUUCCAAUGCUAAUCAACCCACAACAGUAACUAUCGUACCAGUGGACAUCCAUAUGCAGAACAGAUGACUGUGGACGUUGGCCCUACCUAUGAGAGAUCACUCUCCUUGAAGAAUGAGACAUGACAACCAGGCUCUUUAUUCACAUAGACCUGUGACUCUUUACCAGAGGAGAAUUGGCACUGGUACAGUGACUACGUGUGGAGUUGAAACCAAGGAUUAUGUGGGUAACUGGCCACGUUUUCUUUUAGUAGAAGGAAAAAAUAAAAUGCUGAGCACCUUUGUAUGGCCAAUCUAACAAUGUGAUGGCAUCAUAUCAACAGGAAAAUGAAGAGUCUUAUUUUCUCUGUAGAAGUUAAGUGGCAACAAAUGGCAAAAAUACCCUUUAGAUGGGUCA